GUACCUGUCACAUUCGAUGAUAUUUCGGUGUACUUCAACGAGCAGGAGUGGGAGAGACUGGACCGCUGGCAGAAGGAUCUGUACAGGGCUGUGAUGAGGGGGAACUACGAGACGCUGAUCUCCCUGGCAGACUAUGCUGUGUCCAAGCCUGACAUCCUCUCCCGGAUCGAGAGGGAUGAAGAGCUCUGCAUCAAAGUCAGUCAGGAGCCCCCACGGGCACACAUCCGAGGCGGUGAGGAGCCCCCCCAGGCAUGUACCAAAGAUCAGGAGCCCCAGCAGGUACCAGAAGAGAUGGACCAGGUGGAAGAGGCUUUGGGAGAAGGUGAAGUCCCCAUGGAAGGUGACACAGGCUAUGCUGCGUCCGAGCCUGAUGCCCUCUCCCGGAUCAAGAGGGAUGAAGAGCUCUGCGUCAAAGGUGGUCAGAAGCCCGCACAGGCAUGUGCCGAAGAUGGUCAGAAGUCCCCGCAGGCAGGCGUCCCGGACAGUCAGAAGCCCCCGCGGACAUGCACUGGAGAUGCUCAGAAGCCCCCGCAGACAGGCGUCCCGGACGGUCCGAAGCCCUCGCAGACAGAGGUCCCAGACAGUCAGAAGCCCCCGCGGACAUGCACUGGAGAUGGUCAGAAGCCCUCACAGACAGGGGUCCUGGACGGUCAGAAGUCCCCGCAGACGUGCACUGGAGAUGGUCAGAAGCCCCUGCAGACAGGCGUCCCGCACGGUCAGAAGCCCCGGCAUGAACUCCCCAUCCUGGUGAUGAAUGUCAUGUCCCUGAGUGCACAGAAACAGGAGCUGCGCAGGGAAGAUCAGCCUGAGACCGAGAUGGACGAGGACCCGGCUGAGUCCAACACGGAGGAAGGCUUUUUAAUGGAAAAUGAAAUGGUGUGUGAAGGGGCUUCUCCUGAAGACGUCAAGCUGAAGGAAGAGGAGCCGGAGGCGUUGCAAGAGCUUUCCGCGCCCUCUCCCGGCCCAGAGAUCCAGAAGUGCCCCAAAAGCGAGCAGGCCAAGGCCAAGAGCAAGAAGAAGCCGAGCAGGUGCGAGAGCAGCAGCCUGCUGAUGGGCAACUGUCGGCGCGGCUACGUGCGCGAGUGGUCGCACCCCUGCACCGAGUGCGGGAAGCGUUUCCGUCUGAAAAUCAACCUCAUCAUCCACCAGCGGAGCCACGCCAAAGAGGGGCCCUAUGAAUGCACGAUGUGUGAGAUCAGCUUCGCGGACAAACGCCACCUGGACCUUCACCAGAGCAUCCACAUAAAAGACAGGGCCUUUGGGGCCAAGGUCUGGGGGAACGUCCACCCGGAGCUGAGGAUCCGGCCGAGGAGGAAGUUCUGUGGGACUUUCUGCGGAAGUGCCCACAGCCUGGGCAACGGGACGUACAGUGGGGGGCCCUGCCUGGGGCAGGCCAAGGAGGAGCUGGUCCGAGGGAGCCUGCCCAGCGCGUGUUUUUCCCGACAGCAGAGUCCUAAGUCUCGUAGUAAGUCUGUGCUGAAAUGCAGUCUUUGCAAAAAGAAUCUCUCUUGCACCUUUUCCCUUCAGCGGCACCUGCAGAUCCACGCGCGGGACAGGCCGUACUGCUGCGCUGCCUGCAAGAAAUGCUUCACCCGUAGAACUCACCUCUUGCGCCACGAGAAAAUACAUGACCGCCAGAAAGCCCUGGCUGCGCUCCAACAGCCCGCCACAGUCGUCCCAGCGCCCCAGCAGCCCGAGCCACAAAGAGCCCCGGAGGUGCCCACGGGCGGACGUGUUCCUCGCUCACCCGCCCAGGCAUCCGAGAGAAACAUUAGCCCUGCGGCCUCGGCAGCCAAAGCGGUUUCACCAAACGCGCUCCUG